AUGGCGCAGGAGAACGCCGCCUUCUCGCCCGGGCCGGAGGAGCCGCCGCGGCGCCGCGGCCGCCAGCGCUACGUGGAGAAGGACGGCCGGUGCAACGUGCAGCAGGGCAACGUGCGCGAGACCUACCGCUACCUGACCGACCUGUUCACCACGCUGGUGGACCUGCAGUGGCGCCUCAGCCUGCUCUUCUUCGUGCUCGCCUACGCGCUCACCUGGCUCUUCUUCGGCGCCAUCUGGUGGCUGAUUGCCUACGGCCGCGGCGACCUGGAGCACCUGGAGGACACCGCGUGGACGCCGUGCGUCAACAACCUCAACGGCUUCGUGGCCGCCUUCCUCUUCUCCAUCGAGACGGAGACCACCAUCGGCUACGGCCACCGCGUCAUCACCGACCAGUGCCCCGAGGGCAUCGUGCUGCUGCUGCUGCAGGCCAUCCUGGGCUCCAUGGUGAACGCCUUCAUGGUGGGCUGCAUGUUCGUCAAGAUCUCGCAGCCCAACAAGCGCGCCGCCACGCUCGUCUUCUCCUCGCACGCGGUGGUGUCGCUGCGCGACGGCCGCCUCUGCCUCAUGUUCCGCGUGGGCGACCUGCGCUCCUCGCACAUCGUCGAGGCCUCCAUCCGCGCCAAGCUCAUCCGCUCGCGCCAGACGCUCGAGGGCGAGUUCAUCCCGCUGCACCAGACCGACCUCAGCGUAGGCUUCGACACCGGCGACGACCGCCUCUUUCUCGUCUCGCCGCUCGUCAUCAGCCACGAGAUCGACGCCGCCAGCCCCUUCUGGGAGGCGUCGCGCCGCGCGCUCGAGAGGGACGACUUUGAGAUCGUCGUCAUCCUCGAGGGCAUGGUGGAAGCCACGGGAAUGACAUGCCAAGCUCGGAGCUCCUACCUGGUGGACGAGGUGCUGUGGGGCCACCGCUUCACAUCAGUGCUGACCCUGGAGGAUGGCUUCUAUGAGGUGGACUAUGCCAGCUUCCACCAGACCUUUGAGGUGCCCACGCCCUCAUGCAGUGCCCGGGAGCUGGCAGAGGCUGCAGCCCGCCUUGACGCCCAUCUCUACUGGUCCAUCCCCAGCCGGCUGGAUGAGAAGGUGGAGGAGGAGGGGGGGAUGGAAACAGGAGAGGGGGCAGGUGGGGGUGCUGGGGCUGACAAGGAGCAGAAUGGCUGCCUGCCAUCCCCAGAGAGUGAGUCCAAGGUGUGACCAGUUUCCUCCAGACCCCUGUGGCAGACCAGGGGCCAGUCAUGAGUACAUGGGGAACUCGGUAUCAGAGGUGGAGCAGGAGGGGGCAGCACAGUUCCUGGGAAUGUACUAGAGUCAGAGAGGCCCUCUCAGAGCCUCAAGUCUAGGAUCCAAUACAGAAGGGAGGCGUACCGAUUUCAGGAUAGUGGAGGGUGUGGAUGGGUGAACAUAUCAGUAUGUGCAUUUGAUCUUCACAUCUGUUCAUGGGUGUAUAGAUGGACAGAAGGAUAGACUUGCGCGGGUUGGAUGGGAAGGUGGUGGCAGAUAGAGAUAGCCAUGGAUAGGACCAACACACGGUUGGUGCGCUCAGGGCUGUUGCUAACCCGUAGAGCACCUUUAUGCAAAUUCUAAAAAGGCACCUUUUUCCUCCAGACCAGGGUGCAUGGCUUGGGGAACAGAGUGUGGGAUGGAUUGCAGUCGCCACUCACCUCUUCAGCCAGCCCCCCUGUGUAUAAACACCCUUUCUAACCAGACACAAAGCACAAGCUGAACCAGAGGAAAGAAAGCUGGGCAGAGAUGGGCACAGAUGAGAAAGUGUCUUCCCAGUUCCACCCCUACCACUGUGACAGGCUGAGCAGGAGGAUGAAGGGCUGCAAGGGAGGCUCCGCAGGUGUGGAUGGCCUGAUUCCAUGGGCAGGGAAGCAGGCAGUGGGAAAUGCCUGGGAAAGGAGAACCAGGGGUGACUAUUUUCUGAAAGUGGAGAGAGACCUUGCAGGUGCCACAACAGAGGCAGGAAGGGAGAGAGAGGUUGUAAGGAAGAAGAAAGGCCAGGAGAGAGAGCUGGAAGGUGGGUUCACUAGAGCUGCGACACAGGAGGCCCUGGGGAAAGCAGUUUGUCCCUGGGGCACAGAGGGAGGGAGUCAUUCAAAUCAUUGAUGGGUGCCAUGUGGGGCGGAUAUUCAAAGACCCAGUUUCUAUCUUUGGAACCAAGGCACAUGGGAAAAACAGAAGAAUAUACUGUGGCAACCGAACAAGGUAUAGUUCAAACUGAGAACCCGCACAGUCUCUCAGAACAGAGAGUUUGGUAAUCAGAAAGCUAGGAACUGAGCAAAG